AGACUACCGAUGGCCCAAGGGCAUCCUUAAAGCCCAGUAUCCUUCCAGACAGUGAGAAGAGAACAUAUUACGCUUACCUUCGUAACAUCUCUUGCUUAGGGUCGCGUCAUCAUGUUCUUGAGGUCUUUAUGCAUUGCUGUUGCAACGCUCCACGUCCUCCUCCCGUGUGGCGUGGCGCAGGGGACGGGCGAGCAGUGCGAACGCGUUGACGGAACAGUCGGAACUUGCAUGGAGUUCGGCCGCUGCUUGCAAUCCGGCGGAAACGCGCAGAGCGUCAUCAACCUGAGGUCUUGCGCGGCCACCUGGGGAGACAUUAGGCAGACACCCGUGUGUUGCAGAAGCAAUCCUAGGAAUUUGGCAAGAGCGAUGUGUUCCAAGUGGAAUAGAAUUGCCAAUAACUUUGGCAGAUGCACAUCCACAGAAACGCGAAUCCAAGGUGGUUCCUUCGCUCGGGUCAACGAAUUCCCUCAUAUGGUUGCACUCGUAAACCGUUUUAGAGGCCAAAACGCCUUCUGUGGAGGAACUCUCAUUUCAGAGAACUUCGUCUUAACAGCCGCCCAUUGCAUCGACGGAAUAAAAACCGCGUCUGAAGUAUCCGUCCGCGUCGGUGUCAUCAACCUGCAGGAGGAGAACUCGCAAACCUUCCAAGUUCUGAAGAUCUCGCAGCACCCGCUGUAUAGGCCGCCGUCUUCGUACCAUGACAUCGCUUUGCUCGAGUUGGCGACCAAGGUACAACUGUCGAGGGGCUUGGUGCCUGCCUGUCUGCCGACCCAGAACGGACGCCUGCAGGAGGGAAAAAUUCUCACUGUGGCUGGCUGGGGGUCAACCGAAGUAGCCGAAUUCUCCAACGUGUUACUGAAGGGCUUCGGGAGAACCGUGUCUCGCUUUGGGUGUGACGAUGCGCUCGACACAAACGCUCUCAAUAGAGACUUCUAUAGAGCAGGGAUCACCGACUCCAUCAUCUGUUUGGAUGAGAGUAGUUCUGGCCCUUGCAAGGGUGACAGCGGCGGUCCUCUCACUGAGGAAAAUGCGUCCACGUGUCAACAUACUGUCCUUGGCAUAGUGGCUAAGGGCUCGCCAAGCUGUCAGGGAACAACGGUGCCUGGAAUUUAUACCAAUGUCGAGCACUACAUGCAAUGGAUUGUUGAUAUCGUUUGGCGCAAGGAAAAUGCGUAACGGAAAUCCCCGGUGCUUUCAAAUUUACUUUAUGAAAAGAUAUAACAGUAUGUUUCAUUGUGAUCUUUAAGGAGUAUGUUACUGUUGUUAAUAAGAGUAAAUAAUAAGAGUGAUAAGUCUGAGGUUUGAUCAGAAUUGUGCAUUAGAUACUGGGUGAAGAGUGAAAAGUUAAGUUGUGUGGAUUGUAAAAUUAAGAGGUAAAUGUGCUAAUUAAUGAAUUUAAAGUUGGUAAGAUAUCUGUCAAUUUAACAUUUUCCAAAGAUCGCCUAAUAUAAUAAUCAUAUAAUAACAGCUUACUUAUUGAUAAUUAUAAUAGGAUUAAUUAGCAUAGUUUCCCCUGAAUCAAACUACAGAUCAGUUUUCUUUGACAGCAUAGUUUAUACUGAAAGUCAUUACUCUCAUUGUUAUUAUUAUAAACGCGUCUUCAUUCCAUUUCAAGCUUGUAAAACCAUACCUUCGUAAAUUGAACAUGCACAUUUCAUUCUUCACAUUAUUAGUUUCAUUUUGCGUGGCUCAGUCGGGAGAAUACCCUGCUUCUAACUCAAGUGUCUUGCUAUCAUUGUUCUGAGCCAUUAUAUGUAUUGUAUAAAGGCAGCCACAUUGAUAAUCAUGUUUAUUACUGGCGCCAAUCACAACAUACUGUAGGUACCGUGCAAAGACGUAUAGACAUAUAAUCAGCAGAUGUGUAUGCCUUGCUGUUAAGAGUAUUUUAGUUAUUCAUGUUUAGGUUAUUAAUGGAUCCCAGUUAUAUUGCUUAAACCUCUGCGGACUUUGCAUUAAAAUAAAAUAUCAGAUAUCCAA